GCUGAGGUCAUCGCGCGGCGGCGGAGGCGGAGCAGACCGCCUCCCUCCACCGCCUCCAUUUUGAAUAGCGAUGUAACGGGGGCUCCGCCGCGUCGUUAGCGUCGACCAGCCCGCUGCACGGUGUCAACAAGCCGCAUCCAGACACCCUUCGACAUGGACGACCUCUUCAGUCCGCGGAGGAGCUUGAACAGCACCCAAGGGGAGAUACGAGUGGGACCAAGUCACCAGGCCAAGCUUCCCGAGCUGCAGCCACGGUCAGCCCCUAGCCUCCAGACUCAGACGGAGAGCGAGGAGCUGGUGUGGACCCCGGGAGUCAAUGACUGUGAUCUACUCAUGUACCUGAGAGCGGCAAGGAGCAUGGCAGCGUUUGCAGGGAUGUGUGAUGGCGGCUCGACGGAGGAUGGGUGCCUGGCGGCGUCCCGUGAUGACACCACUCUCAACGCACUGAACAUGUUGCAUGCCAGCCAUUACGAUGCAGCCAAAGCUCUCCAGCAUCUGGUGAAGAAACCAGUUCCAAAGCUGAUUGAGAAGUGCUGGUCAGAGGACGAUGUGAAACGCUUCAUCAAAGGCCUUAGGCUUUACGGCAAGAACUUCUUCCGCAUUCGAAAAGAGCUUCUGCCCAGCAAAAAGACGGGUGAGCUGAUCACGUUCUACUACCACUGGAAGAAGACGCCGGAGGCCUCAGGAACCAGAGCCUAUCGCCAGCACCGUCGCCAGCCAUCUUCACGCAAGGCUAAGACCCGGUCAGCCACGGCCCCCGUCAGCACGCCGUCCCGGUCCCACUCACUGGACAUGAGCUCCGCCAGUGAGGAUGACAUGGAAAGUGAAGACAGUGAACAAGACUUGAAGCGGUCCACCUGCAGCCACUGUGGCACAACAGCCUCUAAGGACUGGCACCCCGCGGGGGGUCGUGUCAGCACCGUGCUGUGCGCCACGUGCCACGUCUACUUCAACAAGCAUGGCCGCCUCCCAGCCGCUCAGAAACCGGCGGACCCUCCGUUCAUGUUCAAACCUGUGAAGGAGGAAGACGAGGACUCCAGCGGGAAGCACGGGAUGAGGACGCGACGGAGCAGAGCAGCCCUGUCGUCUCUGAGGAGCGGUCACAGGAGAUUGACCGGCUCUCCUACCAGCGAGGAGCAGCAGUCCAGCAGCCAGCCCUCUCCCAGCGGGGCCAGCUCAGUUUCCAACGCCUCCAGGACCUCUUCCACCGACAGCAAGAGCGACUCCACCAAGAGGCCAAACAAGAAGCUCAAAGAAGAGGUUCUGUUACCAAAGACCACCAAGCGAGCAAGGGAGGUGGUGGCCCAGGAGACUGAUGAGCUCAGCAAAAUGACAGCCAAAAAGCCCAAGACCCAGGAGGCGCUGGUGUCUCGGUCGGAGGGUGAGGUGGAGGAGGAGAGCUCCGACAGCCGCAGUGCCAACGAGGACGGCAGUGACACCAAAGACAUCGACCAGGACAACCGCAGCUCCUCCCCCAGCAUCCCCAGCCCGCAGCCUGGCAAUGAGAGCGACUCGGACUCCUCCCCGCAGCCCAGCGGCCCGCAGACCGCCGCCCCGCAUGUCCUCGCUCACCAGCCCCCCCACGGCGCUCCGGACCCCCUCCACGCUCCACCCGCCCCGGGCCCGCUCCCUGUGGCCCAGGCGCCGCCUCACGGCCCCCCGCGCCAAGCCCCGCCCCACUUCUCCAGGGAGCCCCUGGUCCCGAAGGCCCCUCCCUCCGUACCCCAGGCCAAGCCUCCCCCAACCACCCCCAUCCCGCCCUCGCUCAGACAGUCGCCCCACCUGUCGGCGACGCAUUUCACCCAGAUGCCCACCAACCUGCCCCCGCCCCCGGCCCUCAAGCCCCUCAACGCCCUGCCUAACCAGCAUGCCCCCGGGGCCCCCCCUCCCCCCCUGCAGCUCAUGCAGAGCAUCCCAGCCGCCCAGCUGGCUGCUCUCCCCCACCUUCAGAACCACCCCCGCGCCCAUUCGUCUCAUCUGCCCAACCCCCACCCCCAAACACUCUCCGCCAUGGCACACCACAACGUAGGCCCCAGCCACAACGUAGGCCCCGCCCCCAGCCACAACGUAGGCCCCGCCCCCAGCCACAACGUAGGCCCCGCCCCUGGCCACAACGUAGGCCCCGCCCCCGGCCACAACGUAGGCCCCUCCCCCGGCCACAACGUAGACCCCGCCCCCGGCCACAACGUAGGCCCCCCCCCCGGCCACAACGUAGGCCCCGCCCCUGGCCACAACGUAGGCCCCGCCCCCAGCCACAACGUUGGCCCCAGCCACAACGUUGGCCCCGCCCCCAGCCACAACGUCGGCCCCGCCCCCAGCCACAACAUGGGCCCCGCCAACAGUAACAACACGGGCCCUGCUGCGAGCCCCAAUAUAGGCCCCGCCUCCAUCCCAAACAUAGUCCCUGCCCCCAACCACAAAAUAGGCCCUGCCCCCAGCCACAAUACAGGCCCUACCUCCAGCCACAAGAUGGGCCCCGCCCCCAGCCUCAACCCAUCCUUACCUCCUCACUCUCUGAGGCCCUGCGCCCCGACCAGCAGCCCACACAGGGCACAUAUUCACAUCAAGGAGGAGCCAAUGGAUGAGCUAGAAGAAGCGGAAAGCCCGCCUCCUCCGGCCAGCAGUCCCUCGCCAGAGCCCACGGUCGUCAACAUCGCCAGCCACGCCAGCCAGUCUGCCAGGUUUAUCAAACACUGGGACCGGGGCUGCAACUCCUGCUCCAGAACAGACCUGUUCUUCACACCGCUGGCCGCCUCAAAGCUGGCCAAGAAGAGGGAGGAGACGAUGGAGAAGUCCAGGAGAGAGGCGGAGCUCGGCGCUCGCCAGGAGCGGGAGAGGGAGAAGGACCGGGAGAGAGAGCGAGAGAGGGAGGCAGACAAAAAUGUGAGAGUCUCCAGCUCAUCCCAAGACAGUCGCAUGAGCGAUGCCCAGAUGUCAGCCCAGAUGUCCGCCCAGAUGUCCGCCCAGAUGUCCGCCCAGAUGUCCGCCCAGAUGUCCGCCCAGAUGUCGGCUCAGAUGUCGGCUCAGAUGUCGGCCCAGAUGUCCGCCCACGGCCACAUGCGCUCCUCCUUCGAGCAGCCGCCCACCACGGUGGCGGCCGUGCCCCCCUACAUCGGGCCGGACACGCCCGCCCUGCGCACGCUCAGCGAGUACGCGCGCCCCCACGUCAUGUCGCCAACCAACCGCAACCACCCCUUCUUCAUGUCCCUGAGCCCCGGGGAGCCUCUGCUGGCCUACCACAUGCCCGGCCUGUACGGCAAUGACCCGGGCCUCCGCGAGCGCGAGCUGCGCAACCUGCGGGAGCGGGAGCUCCGGGAGCGCAUGAAGCCCGGCUACGAGAUGAAGCCCCCGGAGCUGGAGGCCAUGCACCCCUCGGCCAACCCAAUGGAGCACUUCGCCCGGCACGGCGCUCUUGUGCUGCCGCACAUGGCCGGCCCGCCGCACCACUUCGCCCAGUUCCACCCGGGGCUGAACCACCUGGAGCGCGAGCGCAUGAUGAUGGCCAACCAGCAGCUGCGGCCGGAGCUGAGCUACGCAGAGCGGCUGACGGCCGAACGGCUGCACGCCGAGAGGAUGGCGUCGGUGGCCAGCGACCCGGCCGCCCGGCUGCAGAUGCUCAACGUGACGCCGCACCACCACCAGCACUCCCACAUCCACUCACACCUCCACCUGCACCAGCAGGACCCCCUCAACCAAGGCUCUUCUCCACACACUCUGGACCCCAUGGCAACCGGGCCCCGCUUGGCCCGCUUCCCGUUCCCAAACGGGCCCGUCCCCAACCCCUUACUCAACGACCUCCCCCACGACCAUGACAUGCUGCGGCACCCGCUGUUCGGCGUUGCGUAUCCGCGGGAGAUGCAGGGCCAGAUGCCCCAGAUGUCGGCCGCCCACCAGCUGCAGGCGAUGCACGCCCAGUCAGCGGAGCUGCAGCGCAUGGCCCUGGAGCAGCAGUGGCUGCAUGGGCACCACCACCUGCACGGCGGCGGCCCGCUGCCCGGCCAGGAGGACUACUACAGCCGUUUGAAGAAGGAAGGAGACAAGCCAUCCUGAGGCCAAGGUGGGCCAGACACCAUCUGAACAGAAUCCAGUAUACAGAUGGUGUCAGCCUCCACCCUAACAGAAUUCAGUAUACAGAUCAACUAGACUCCACACUAACGGAUCCAGUACAGAUCAACUAGACUCCACCCUAACAGAUCCAGUAUACAGAUCAACUAGACUCCACCCUAACAGAUCCAGUAUACAGAUUAACUAGACUCAACCCUAACAGAUCCAGUAUACAGAUUAACUAGACUCCACCCUAACAGAUCCAGUAUACAGAUUAACUAGACUCCACCCUAAAAUAAUCAAGUAUACAGACGGGCCAGGGAGCACCCAAACAUAAUCCAUUAUCCAGAUGGACCAGACUCCACCCUAACAGAUCCAGUAUCCAGAUGGACCAGACUCCACCCUAACAGAUCCAGUAUCCAGAUGGACCAGACUCCACCCUAACAGAAUCCAGUAUCCAGAUGGACCAGACUCCACCCUAACAGAAUCCAGUAUCCAGAUGGUGUCAGCCUCCACCCUAACAGAAUCCAGUAUCUAGUUGGCGCUCAGCCUCCACCCUAACAGAAUCCAGUAUCUAGUUGGCGCUCAGCCUCUACCCUAACAGAAUCCAGUAUACUUUUCAGAGACUGUACAUUUUUUAAAGAGUGUGUGGGUCCCUUUGUUUUAAUAUAUUGAAAAUAAGAAUCCUUGUGUGUCUAUAUGUGUAUUCCUUGUUCCAGCACUUAAUGGGAUUGUCAAGAGGUUUGCUUGAGAUUUUCUUACUAAUAGACAGUAGUGUUAAGACUUUAUACUGCCAUAAUCUCCUAAUUUAUUGUUAUUUUACUUGUUCAGCAGACAUGUGCGGUAUUAGGGUAACCAGCAUAUCGCACACAUCAAACUUUGAUGUGUGCAGUAUGAUAGAAUUGCUAAUGAUGCCCUAGGCUAGCAAGGAUGCUAUUGACCCAGCUGAUGAACAUUGGUAGUAGUAUGAGCUGUUCUUUCAUUUUUAAAUGGUCUUGUGUAAAUUUAAAUUUUAAAUCAGUGUUUGAAUGAUUGGCCUAACAACCUAGCAUGACUGUCUUCACAAUUCCGAAACUAGAGUAGCAAGUUACAAUGUUGUGUCAUUAGACUUGGAAAACUAUACUACAUGGAUUUAUUCUAAAACUGCUAAAUAUUUGUCUAAAUUAAAAACAUUUAUAUUUCAAGGUAUCUUUCACAGUGUAACCUAAGCUUUUAGUCUCUUUGAGACUGUAAAUACUACAUGUGUAAUAGUCUAUAUUACCAAGCAUUAUUGAUAUAGGUUUAAUAUUCUAUAUUAAGUAUUAUUGAUCUUACUGUAAGUGUGAACUCUUGCCCCUAAAUUUGGCACAUAAAAAAACAUUUGCUGUACACAGUUUAGUGUUAUAAAAUAAAAUGAUUGUAAAUUAUAAGCUAUGAUCUGUGUCACUGUUGCAGAGUGACAUUAAAACAACAUAUUCCGAUGUUUUUUUUAACAAAGCGGUGAGAGACGAGACCCACGUGAUCUUAACAUACAUUUUAAAAACCCUGUUCCCUGUUUCAAAAUUCAAUAUUUAUGUGAAAUAAGAAACAAAAAUAUUGCACAAUUAUUUCAAUAAAUAAUUCUGCAAUGACGAAUUCUUGUCUGUGGUUGUAUUUCUAAUUAACCAGGAAAUGUAUACCGUUUUAACUAUAGGCAUCAUGUUAACGCAUAGACAUCAGGCCUUCUACAAACUAACUGUUGACAAUCAUAUUAAGAAAUGGAGAGCUUUGACCAUUUAAGGUUUAUUCAACAAAACAUUAUUUGACAAAUCUGAACACGGCAACAUUCUGCAUUUACCAACUAAAUUGCGCACACAGGCUUAAUCAAAAACCCUACAAGACCUACCUUAUACCCUUUGACAACAUUCUCAUGAACCAGCCUAACAUUUAACAAACUAAGCUUAACUGUCUAUGCAUUUGUACUUACUGAGCAAAUACAAAGUGCCCAUAUUGUGUGUUAAAAUAUCAGGCACAUGAUAUUACCCUUGACUGACAUAUUUACUAGCAAUGGUCCAUAUCAAUUCCAAGAAUUGGAAUUGAUUGGACUGUUAAACAGAUAAAAAGGUCUGAUCGGUGAUCAGUCGUAUUGCAUGGAAGCGUUGUGUUGUUGGACCCAGGGGAGAUGUGCGUUGUGGUUCUGUCACUGACCGUCCUUAGCAGGUCUCCUCAGAACAUAGUGUCGGAGGUACUGGAUCGCUGAUAUUGCGCUCACAUUUGCCAGCAAGGCUAAAUGGUUAUCGGAGAAAGUCAAAAUCAGGUUAUUUAAUCAUUUUAGCUGUUACAAAUAUCAACCAUUUAAAAAUCUUGAAAUCGAUUACAUUUGAAAUACGAAUACAUUUUUGUUAGAGCAGUUUUGUUCAAACCUGCUUUCCAAGAGUCUGCUGCGUGCGGGUCAGUGGACCUCAGGACCCACGACGCCACUGCAAUGCACAACAAGCACAUGUCUGACUGCUUCAGGGUGGAGAAGAGGCCGUCUUUAUCUGAAAACAGACACAUGAUUAGUACAACAUCUGUAUAUUGCUUUCAUUCAAAUGUGGAAGAUUCAAUUGAUUGAUAUUGCCUUUAACCUUAUUCACCAACCUGAUAAUGACACCGAUGUCGGCAUGAGUUUCAACAUUUGCUGGUCGGCUGCCAGCUUUCUGACCAAGUGGUUGGGGAAAGAGGCAAACCCUCUCUGAGGGGUUAGUGUGUGGACUGCAUUGGCGUCCCUGAAGGGGGUCCAGUGGGCUCCGAUCGGGAACACCCAAGGCCAAGACCUAAGGCUCCAGCUGCUGCCGCUGUCUGGGAGGCGUAUAUUUCUGAUGAACCAGCUGGACCAACAUCUGUUGUUGAAUAGAGCUUCGUCCGCGGCUGCAGACGAGAGGACGGGAUAGACGCCCGGACAGGGGGCGUGAGGUACAGCCCAGAUUGGCAGGCCGUGGCUCUCCAUGUCCGGGUCAACGUGAAUCUCUGUUGAACGUAUGAGGUAGUCUGCCUCUGGGAAUGUGAGCGCUCUAAGGGAGUGGCCGGAGCAUGUGAAGAUGGGGAUUGGUUUUUCCUCUCUCCAUUGGGAAGCUUGGAUGGACAGGAGUCCGUCCUUAGACCCAUAUCUGGAGCUGGUGAUGCCGUCGCAAAGAGAAGACAGUGAUUGGUCAUCAUAGUUACUGACAGUCCCAAAGUCAUCCUCUGUCUUGUUCUCAUAGAAAUA